UCAUUCAAACCUCCACAGUAGCCUCCAGUGAGCGAGGAAGAGCCCAGCUUUGGGAUUGGGUAGCGAGCAGAUAGCGUAACAUCCCCCUCCUCCUCUCUGUGGAGAAUUGCGUUAAAACGAAAAAGGAAAGGCCCUGCGCUUUAACAAAAAUAACAGAACACAUUUUUGUUUUGUUUUUCCUUCAGUUCCCCCCUUCUUCUAUAUUAAAACGAAGACGCGUUGCUGGCCGGUGUAUGUGUUUAGAAUGGGACACGCUGAAGGUCCAGUCAAAGAAAAAGACAGUUAAGGAUGCCGGAGCCCAACAAUGGAUUUCUCCUUCUCUUUCAUGCAAGGGAUCAUGGGAAAUACAAUUCAGCAACCCCCGCAGCUUAUUGACUCAGCCAACAUCAGACAGGACGGCACCUGCGACACCGGCAGUGACCCGGGCGAGGAUGGCGGUCCCUCUUACGAUGCGGCCCUGGACGCAGACUUCUCCUAUCCACACUCUGCGUCGGAGGACCUGCCGCAUGUCUCCAACGGCUACCCUCCUGGUCUGGGCAUGUACGAGCCUCAGUCCAAGUUCUCCAUGUACUCGCAGUUCCCCAACGGCUCGGCUAACGGCUACGGGGCCAUACGUAGCUACGGGGAGCAUGGCCUUCUCAUGCCUGGGGAGGGGACGGUGCUAAGAGGUCCCGGCCUCCAGGAAAGACCACGAUCUCCUGUUUCGCCGCCCCUGCCCAUACAUCACCCGCACUUGCACCCCCACCAUCAUCACCACCAUCACCACGCGCACCACUUCCUGUCGAGCACACCCCACAUCCAAAGCCACCCACAAAGCCCACCGCCAUUGCCCCUGUCCCUGCCCCUGCCCCUGCCCACACAGCACCACUUGCCCCACACGCCUCACAUCAUGACCCACACACUCCCUCCUCCGCCACCUUUGCACCUGCCCUCGUCCAGCCCACCUCCCUCUCUUGUGGACAGUACUCCAUCUUCGCAGCCUCUCCAGCCCGCCAUUCCCAGCGUCCCAGGAGGUGUGCUGAAGAAAACCAGCUCCCCAGAAAUCAAGCUGAAGAUCAUCAAGACAUAUCAGAAUGGCAAAGAGCUAUUUGAAUCUGCACUGUGUGGAGAUUUACUGCAAGAACUGCAGGAAUCUCAGAAGAAUGAGGCGGCUCAGGUGCAGCGCCGACAUGAGAGGAAGAAGGAGAAGAGGAAAAAGAGCGCCAAGCUCCAACUACACAUCCCAGAGCCCAUUCUGGAGCACGUCCAAGGCCUUGCAGCAACUGCGUGCCAGAAGGAGGACACUUAUGUCCUUCCACAAGCAACAGAGGUACCACUGCCCCCGACAGAGAAGCCUCAGACGACAGUUAUCAAAACUGAGCCAAAGACAUCCAAGGUUCCGAAAGUCAAUCAACCUUCUGUGAUCCAAGAGACUGGAUUCUGUAAGGAGUUUGUGAUUGGAGAUCUAGUAUGGUCCAAGGUGGGUACUUACCCAUGGUGGCCUUGCAUGGUGUCAUCUGACCCACAGAUGAAGGUCUACACACGUAUCAACACCAGAGGUCACAGGGAAUACCACGUCCAGUUUUUUGGGAGUGUGGCAGAACGAGCAUGGAUCCACGAGAAGAGGAUCGUCAUGUACCAGGGAAAGCAGCAGUUUGACGAACUACAGACUGAGACGCUGCGCAAGACCACAAACCCCGUGGAAAAACACAAACUUCUGAAACCUAUCCCUCAGAGGGAGCGUGCUCAGUGGGAAGUCGGUGUGGGUCAUGCAGAGGACGCCUUCCUGAUGACACGUCAGGAGCGCAUCGACAACUACACCUUCAUAUAUGUCGACCCGACCCCCAACGAAGCGCCGUCUGCCAAGAAAGCCAUCGGCCGGCCUGAGAAGCGAAGCCGGCGCUCCAGCGGCUCAACCAAUAAGAAAGAAGGCGGUGAAGUUAAGUCGCCAGAUAGAGAGCAGCCACCAAGAAGACAGCUUCCACGUCGACAGUGCAGUAUCUCCAACACGGAAGAGUCCCAGCCUUCAAAUGAGAAGAUGAACCUGAGGGGGGACCAGAGUAAGACAGACUCUCCUAAAAAGGAUUCAGAUGCAGGAACCCAGCAGGAUUCUCCACCACCGGUCAAGACUUGGAAAACUGCGGCAGCAAGGAAGCUGCUGCCUCUUUCCAUCACCAUGAAGAGGUUGAACGUGGAGAUCACAAAGUGUGACUGGCCUCUCCUGCAGAAGAAAAUUGCUCCUUCCCAGAAGAAAGAAGAAGAGAAGGAUGAUGACGAAGAGGAGGAGGAGGAGAGAGUGGCUGGAGAAGGCAGGCAGCCGGAUUUGGGCUACUGCUCACCUGAGGACAGCAGAACUAAACCCGAACCCAGCCCAGAGGAAGAGGAAGACGCUGACGACAUGGAAGAAGAGGAGAGGAGAGAAUCUCCCGCGAGUCGAAGGAGCGAAGAGGGAGGAACGCAACCAACAUCCUCUCCUGGCUCACAUCACAGCAGUCCACAUGGUUCUCAGGAGAGGAAGCUACAGCGGCGGUCGGUCAGGAGCAGGUCGGAGUCUGAAAGUGCCCCAGUGCCCAAAAAGAAAACCAAAAAGGAACAGGCGGAGAUGGCUCCAGAGGCCACGCCGAGGGCAGGUUCUCAGAAAGGAGCCAGCGAGAUAUCAGAUGCCUGUAAACCACUGAAGAAGCGAAGCAGAGCGUCUACAGAUGUCGAGAUGGCCUCCUCCCAGUAUAGAGACACAUCAGAUUCUGACUCCAGAGGCCUCAACGAUCCACAGGGUUUAUUUGGGAAGAGCCUUGACAGUCCAGCAGCUGCAGACGCAGAUGCAUCAGACACUCAGUCUGUGGACUCUGGCUUGUCUCGUCAGGACAGUAGCACCAGCAAGAGGGACACAGUCUGCCAGAUCUGUGAGGUGUACGGAGAGAAUUUGGUGCCAUGUGAAGGUGAAUGCAACAGGCAGUUCCAUCUGGAGUGUCUCAACCUGACAUCCUUACCCGAAGGACGGUUCACCUGCCUGGAAUGUAAAAACGGUAACCACCAAUGUUUCAGCUGUAAGAAAGCAGGCCAGGUGGUGACUCGCUGCUCCGUGGCAGGAUGUGGUUGUCAUUACCAUGAGGAUUGCGUCCAUAAAUUACCUGGCACCACCAGCAGUUCAGGUGAAGGCUUUAGCUGCCCCCAGCACAGCUGUGCCACCUGCUGUCUGGAACGUGACCUGCAGCGAGCCAGCAAAGGUCGCCUGAUGCGUUGCAUCCGCUGUCCAGUGGCAUAUCACACAGGAGACAGCUGCGUGGCGGCGGGCAGCGUCAUCCUCACACAUCACAUCAUGAUCUGCAGCAGCCACGGCAGCACUAAGAAGAACGGCCUCCUCACCUCCCCCGUCAAUGUGGGUUGGUGCUUCCUGUGCGCCCGAGGGAUGUUAGUGCAAGACCUUACUGACACCAUAUUAAGUUCAUAUGCCUAUAAGUCCCACUACCUUCUGACUGAGUCAAAUCGUGCUGAGUUGAAAUUACCUAUGAUUCCCUCUCCUUCGUCAGCUACCAAAAAGAAUGUUGGGAAAGGAGGCAAGUUGCUGUGCUGCGACUCCUGCCCUGCUUCCUUCCACCCGGAGUGUCUGGAGAUGCAGAUGCCGGAGGGGUCAUGGUCCUGCAGCGAUUGUAGGGCCGGGAAGAAGCCUCACUACAAACAAAUUGUCUGGGUCAAACUGGGCAACUACAGGUGGUGGCCAGCAGAGAUCUGCAACCCUCGUUUGGUACCCUCAAACAUCCAGAGCCUUCGCCAUGACAUCGGUGACUUCCCAGUCUUUUUCUUCGGUUCCCAUGACUACUAUUGGAUCAAUCAGGGCCGUGUCUUCCCUUAUGUUGAGAACGACAAAAACUUUGUGACGGGUCAGAUCAACCUCAACAAGACCUUCAAGAAAGCCCUAGAAGAAGCAGCCCGGAGAUUCCAAGAGCUCAAGGCUCAGAGGGAGAGCAGGGAGGCUCUCGAGCAGGAACGCAACUCUCGCAAACCGCCACCCUACAAAUGUAUUAAGUCCAAUAAACCGGUGGGGAAAGUGCAGAUGCACGUCGCAGACUUGUCUGAAAUCCCACGCUGCAACUGUCGGCCAAAAGAUGAGCAUCCUUGCAGUCUGGACUCUCAGUGUCUCAACCGAAUGCUGCAGUACGAGUGCCAUCCUCAGGUCUGCCCGGCAGGAGACAAUUGCGAGAACCAGUGUUUUUCCAAGCGUCUCUACGCUGAGACCAAUGUGAUAAAGACAGAUGGCCGUGGAUGGGGCCUCAUGACCAACCAGUCUCUGAGGAAGGGUGACUUUGUGACUGAAUAUGUUGGAGAAGUUAUUGACCCGGAGGAGUGCCAGCAGCGAAUCAAACGUGCCCAUGAGAACCACGUAACCGACUUCUACAUGCUAACCCUUACAAAGGAUCGUGUGAUAGAUGCUGGUCCCAAGGGGAAUUCUGCUCGGUUCAUGAACCACAGCUGCAGCCCCAACUGUGAAACCCAAAAGUGGACGGUCAACGGGGAUGUCCGCAUUGGACUCUUUACUCUAUGCGACAUUGAGGCUGGCUCAGAGCUCACCUUCAACUACAACCUGCACUGCGUAGGCAACAGAAAAACAUCUUGCCACUGCGGAUCAGAUAACUGCUCAGGUUUCCUUGGAGUGCAGCCAACUAGCGCCGUGGUGAUGGAAAAAGAAGAGAAGGCAAGGAACGCCAAGCUGAAGCAGAGGAAGCGGAAGAUGCGGCUGGAGGGCAAACACAUGCACGAGUAUUUCUGUUUUUUCUGCGGAGAGGGAGGGGAGCUGGUGAUGUGCGACAGGAAGGACUGUCCUAAGGCGUACCACCUGCUGUGUCUCAACCUCACCAAGCCACCAUACGGGCGCUGGGAGUGUCCGUGGCAUGACUGCAGUAUCUGUGGUGCUCAGGCCUCGUCGUUCUGUGACUUCUGUCCUCGCUCUUUCUGCCAAGACCACGAGGCAGGUGCGCUCACCGCUUCCUCACUGGAGGGCCGCCCUUGUUGUUCCAGCCACAACCCCCUCAGUCCCUUGGGCUCCACCCAGCAGCAGCCGCCCUUACCACCUUCCGGUGUGAGCCCCGCCACAGUCAAAGAGGAACCACAGAGAGACGAUGUGGCGCCCUCGUUACCUCAUUCCCUGUAAAGUGCCCUCCUGGCACUACAUCCUGCCGCCUGGGCUGCGUACGAACACCUAAAGGGAAUAAAUUGAACGUUUUUGUGUGUGGGGACCUUCACAGCAAACUCCGGGAUAGUGAUUGUGGCGAGCGCAGUGCGAUUGGAGCUCCCCCAGACGAGAACGUACACCGCCCUCGCCAUAGAGCACCACUAACAGCUCCAAAAUCCCAGACCAACGCCUCAUUUUGUUCCAUCUUCAGAUUUUAAGUGUUGCGGCUGGCACUUAAAAGGGGUUGAGGUGGAGGAAGGGGACGCCAUGUUGCUGCUGCUGCUUUUGUUUACCUGCUGUACGCUGUAUGGGUAGUGUAUCUUUCUCACACACACACACAUACACACACACACACACACACUUCCACUGCCACUCCUCAUGUGACCUGUCAUUUACGUCGGUCUUUGCAGAACAGGAGGGGCAACAUUUUUGUGCAAUUUAAAUUUUUAGGACUACACUACAUUCCAACAUUCCUUUAGUCAUGGUUUUUGAUAUACUUAUAGAUGAAUAUAAUUAUAUAUGUAUCUAUGUUUGUUCAUGUUUACAGGCAAGAAUUUCCCUCACGUCAUCUCGGUGAGUAGUGUAUUUCUUUGUUAAGGUGUUGCGCAGACCUCCUUGUGAAAAUUGUCCUAUUAAGGUGAAAUACUGUAUAAUGGUAUAUAGCGUACUGGUAUGACAUUACACAAGUACUUGUGACUUUUGGUUUGUCCUCACUCACAUGUACAUAAUUGGAAUCAUAUUGUAAAGUACUUACCAACAGGCAGGGAGGGGUGUCUCCUGGCCUCUACACUUUUUUUUUUUUUAACAUGAUAGUACUUUUUUUUUGGUAAUGGUCUGUUCCACAUUUUCUCUGAGCCGGCGCACGUCAUAAUGGUAGAGGAAAGAUAUUCAGCCUAUUGAGGUCAGUUUGGGCUCUAGGAACUACUGCCCACAUUCAGUCAAGUUUGUGUACUGUGACUUUUACCUUUUUUUUUUUAGGGGGGGGGCAAAACUCUCUGAAAAGCACUUUUUAACACAUUGUCGCUACACUAUUAGUUUAGCUCAUGCAAUUACAGAAAUGUAUAUUAAAAACAUAUGUGUUUUUGAAAAUGGAUACCUCUUCAUCUGGUAGUGACAUAAGAAUUUAAACCUUGUUGUAAUCUUUUUUUUUCCUCAGUCUGAAAAAAAAAAAAAAAACCUUAACAAAAAAAUAGCCCCGCUUCUCUUAUGGGUGAAAAUAAGAAUGAUUGCCAGGCCAGCCUCUUACGUUAAAUUGUUUGAAUGGAUAUUGUGACACACAGUGGGAUACCACAGUCUAGUAUAAUGUACAAAAUACAAACUGUACAGUGUUUUUAAUGGCUCAUCUGUCCAAUUUUUUUUUUCUAUUUAUUGCACCGCAUUUUAUACCAAUUGUUUUUUGGACAUUAGUGCAGUAAUCUUGACUCCCUCGAUCUUGUUUUAAAAAAAAAUAAAAAAUGGGGGGGUUGGGGGUUAACGUAACAUGGCUUUGUUUUUCUACAUCGGUGUAAUGAUUCUACAUUUGGUGACUCACUGUGUUUUGUUAUUCAAAGCAGUGCGAAGCAGUUCAUUAUUGGAAUGUUUUAGCUCCAACGACAGAACGCUUUCUGUAGUUUUCAUGGCUUUAGCUUUGGUUGUCAUCAUGCCUUGCUAAUCUGUUUUUUUUAAUCUCCCAAGGUGAUCAGUGCCAAUGCAAAUUAAUUUAUUAAGGCAUCUGCAACCAAAAAUGCUCUAAUUAUCGCCAAGGUGUUUAUUGACUUUAACCGCAAAGACAUUUACUGUAAGCCGGCGACAAUUGAAAAAGGUUGUUCAUUUUGCAAUUUAGAAACGUAUUACACAUAACAAAUUAUUCAACAAAAAAUAACUUGUAGUGCUUGAAACAGUGGAAAUUAAAACUCUUUGACCAUGUGAUCGUUUAUUAACAAGAAUAUUGUACAACAUUGCAUUAACAGAACAUUGUAGACCAUGCAUUAAUAGCAACAGAAGGUAUUAAUUGGAGCAUUUGUGCCAAUUAUGUAAAAGAAAAGUAUAGGUGUAUACAAUAUUUGGGCAAUAAGAACUGAGAAAGAGUUAUUAUAUUUUUCCAUGUUCUUUUUGCAAUUAAAACGCAUAUUUCGUCUCCCUUCGGUGAACACUUUUUCCUCCCACCCUGGGCGCUCACAUUACCCACAUUGCAGUAAGAAAUGUUAUUACCACACCAUAAUAGACAUCUGUCGUCACAGCACUCUUAGUUUCAUCCUCAAAUCUCUUAGUCAUGUUACCACCAGAACUUGAGUUUUGUUAUUUAUUCCUGUGUUGUUUAGCGUACCCAAGAUUUUAGUUUUUGGUUUACUGGUGACUUAGAACUGGCACGACUGAUUAUUCUAGCUCAACUACCUACUUCAUGCCAUAUUCCUUUAUUAUAAUUUCUAUAUAAAGGCAGCAAACCAAACAGCCUUCAUUUUAUUUGCACACGUCGAUUGCGUGACGAUGUUGCCCAGUGCCAUUUCCCUCUUUGCUGCAGAUGCAGUUGGCAGUAUUAGAUGGCUCCAUUUGUGUGUUGUACCAUUACAUAUGUGUAUAAAAAAACCCAAAGUGUUUCAUUUAUUAGUGCCAUUUUUGUGGCGGGAAAAACAACAGCAUGUUUGUUCCCAUGUAAGUGACCCUUAUGCAUCCAGGAUUUUUUAUUAUUUUUUUUCUCACAAUUUGAAUACGCCAUCCGCCUAGUGCUUCAAAAGUGCAACUUUGCUGACUGUUGUUGGGUUUUUGAUUGGCAGAGGAGCAAAAGUGUCGUACUUAUGAGAACUUGACCUGCAAAGCACUCAUUCUUUUUUGUAGUAGGAUUACUUCAGUUAUUAACUGGGGUCGUAUUUAUCUCUCUUGGUGUUGCUUCAAAUAAAUCGUGGAUGAACACGACCACCUUGUUGAUUACUGUUCAACCUGUGUUACUGUAUAUUGUUGACAAAAUCUGUAAAUAGUCUUGCAUUGUAUUUGCAUAGAAUCAUGUUACUGUGCUGUGCUAUUUUUUUCUUUUUUUUGUUUGCUUGUACAAUUCCGCUUCUAAAUGUGUGUGACUGUUGAGAAGACACUCUUUUUGUACAUGGCUGUCUUUUUAUUUGAAUAUAUAAAUUAUGUCCUUUUUUCCAUUCAAAGGUUGAGUUGGAAGAGUUCAGACAUGCCUGAAAUUUGACUUUAAUAAAGCUGUACUCUUGUCUCAGUGAA